AUGGAUAGAAAAGUGAUUCUCAAGAAACUGUACAGCCCAGAGGGAACUCCAAACAUUGACAUCGUUCUUGUCCAUGGGGUGAAUGGUCACCCGUUGAAGACGUGGAAAGACGCGGAUUCGAACACCUUGUGGCCGAAACACUGGUUGCCAAAGGUGUUUCCCCAGGGAAGAGUGUUUUCCUUUGGAUACAAUGCCGACAUGUACCGCAACAAUUCGGCCGCUGGCAUCCGCGACAACGCCCGCACUCUGCUAUCUUACGUCGAGUCAGAGCGAGAUAGCCGGCAUUCGCCGACUAUCGUCUUCAUCGCGCACUGCCUGGGUGGGCUUAUUGUCAAGCAGGCACUGUACUUUGCCGAAUACGAUCCGGACUAUAGAGACGCAGGCAUAAACAUCAAGACUGAGUUAAUUGUGUUUUUCGGAACGCCAAACCAGGGAACUCAUGAGGACAACUGGAAUCAUAUCGCCAAGCCCUACACUGUGUUGGACAAGCGCGCAGCAAUCACUAAUACCUUGUUGCGCGACUCUCACGAGCUCUCCGAGAUCAACGCGAAAUUCCGCCAACUCAGCUACGACUAUGAGAUCACCAAUUUCUAUGAGAAUGGAGCAUUGGGACCUAACAGCAAGCUUAUUGUGGAAGCGACGGCUGCCCAGAUAGGCGUAGGGCACGAAAAGCUGCGUGCCGUCAAUGACAACCAUGUCGCUAUGUGUCAGUUCAGAAGCGGCGAUAACAGCAGCUCUGAGGAAGAUGGCACCGACUCUGAGGAUAGUGCCGACGGCGACGACGAUCUGGAUCAUGGGCUGAGGAAUUUCAGAAUCCUAUGCCAGGAUAUUGAGAAGGCGACCAUCAUCCAACCCAACCUUGAUGCUCUUGAUGAACUCUCAGCAGCCCGGGGCAUGAAGGCUGCUCGCAAAGAGCAAGAGAAAGAGAUGUCGAGAGUGACAGAAGUGUCGGAAGUGCCAGCAACGGCACUAAAUCGAAUGUUUGAUGACGCGCUAGUCACGACGGAUGAAGGGAUCGUGGCCCGCUCCACGGCCAAUAACAUUGCGGGCCUAACUAUAUCUUCCAGUAGUAGACAGGAACGGUACGAAGAGGUGCCGCGGGGAAGCGGAGAUCAGGCGUUCGAUGGGCGGCGGCGAUAUCCUACGAAAGAAGAAGAAGGGGUGUUUGUUUCGGAUACCAUCCAAGUCACUGCGACGCGUACCACCACAAAGAAAUACCACGUGGCUGGGGGACAACAGGGCGGCGGCAUUGAACCCAAGAACCAUAGUAGCAGCCCAUCCCCACCCAUGAUAGAGGAUGGUAGGGUUCGCCAAGACGGGAUCGCGGCUCGAGGCAUCGGUGCGAAGGUGUUUAGCUUCCUCAGCCUGCCCAGGCGCGAGUAG